UCCAUAAAGGCCCCUCGGAUUAUAUGAAAUUGACCCGCAGUCCCUGUUUUAGUAAGUCUUUAUAUAACAUUACAUUUUGCAGAGAACCCCCUGUAUUUAUUAGAUUUGCAUCCGCUGUCCUUGUAGUCUUAUCCAUUUCUCUGGCGACGGCGACGACGAUGGCUUGAGGGCUCCAGGGACGGCGCAGCGAGGAGGGGCAGGUGCUGCGGAGACGGCGCGGCGAGGUGGGGCAGUGGCGGUUGUGCGGCGAGGCGGGGCAGUGGCGUCGCGGGGGAGGAUGGAGGACGCCGGAGUAGAGGACAACAGCUCCCGCCGUCGCUGCUGUCCGCGCAUGCCCGUGUGCUCGCCUCCGUCCGCGCCCGCGCCAGAGCCCAGGAAUGGGGAACGGGGCGAGGCAUUGCGGCGGAGGACGAUAAAGCGGCCGGCGUGCUCGCUUUGGGCAAGGCGUCGCGGCGGAGGACGACAUGGCCGUCGGCGUGCUUGCUUGGAAGGAUGGAGGCCGCCUCGCCCGGGCGCGGGCGCGGCAGCACGGCGUCGGGCCGUUGACGGUGGUGCCUGGGUCGGGGCAGUGGUUUGACGGGCAACACGAAGGAGGUGAUGUAAUGGCGUCAGCGACCAAUGCAGGCUGCCCGUACUCCAUAAGCUGUCGUACAAUCUCGCUGUUCUACCAACAUCAAUGGACCACCCAUGCUCCAUGUGAGACGAUAGCGUCUCAAAGUGGACUUUUCGAUCAUUUGAUAAACGUUUGGAAAUUCAAGCCUGGUCCUGUUCUGCAACCUAUGACGUUUACUUCUUAGUGGACUUUAAGUUUCAGUCACCCAAUAUCGUCAUGUAAUAUAACAAGGCUAUUGUUUUGAUCAUAAUCAAGCAUGUCUGCUUAUCGGAAAGUUAACCUUUCUCACCCUGCAGGCAAUUGCUACCAUUAUUGCUUAGAAGGGGCAGCUUAGUGAUACAAUCUCUUGACUAUAGGGCAGUUAGUGAUUGCCAUAUUUGUUGAAUUAAACUUUCACCUAUUAGAUCAGUUUACACACAUUGAAGUCUACUUAGUUUACCUCUAAGGUUGUCCUUCUGCAAAGGUAUAUCACCUACAUAUGAUCUGAUUUUUUUCUUCUAGACCCCCUUGUGUGUGUGUAUAUGACAGACAUUGUCUUUCUGAUUUAUUUUUCCAGUACAUGAUUUUGGAGAAGUUUUUGAAUCCAUGCCUUUUUGCUAUACUAUUUUUUGGGGUAAUGCAAUAGAAGUUAUAUAACUACACUUAAGUAGUUGAUUUAUCUGGCAAUACAUUGUCACGAUGAUAGCUCUAACCUCUAUGCCGACAAUCUAAAAAAUCUAGCAUUAUCCUUUACUAAUUUUAAAUGUUAUUUUGGUGAUUGUUUCUCGGAGGUAGCACACUUUGCUUCAGUAGGAAGCAGAUGAAUGAGACAUUUUCAUUGUUUUCUAUUCCAUUGUUAUGUACACACACACACACGAGUGGUGCAUAAAUGUUUUAUUGCUAUUUAUCCUUUCAUGAGCUGGAUGUGCCAUUGAUGGCGAUGGCGAGCUUGGAUUAGUUGGAUUCAGAAGGUUGAGACAAUGGAUGGUACGGAAACAUUUUUAUUAGAAAAAUAGCAGAUGAUAUGCAUGCUGAUUCUCCGGUUCUGAAGAUAUAUAUUUGACACAGUACAUGCUUAAGUAUAUAUGCACAUUCGACUUUCACUAUUGUAAAAAAGUUUAUCACAUCAAAUUGUAUUUCAGCAAAGUUUCAGUUGGCUCUCAUCAAUGAGCUAAUUCUAUAAAAAAAUCCACAAAAUAACUUAUAAUGAACUUUCUUAGUAGUACUUUAUAUGUCAGGUGCAAUGAGAUAGUUUAUUCCUAUGCAACCUCCUCUCUGUUGCAUUUCCUGAUUUUGUUUUUCUCUCCAUUUUUUCAAGUUCCAAGGUUUGGCCACAAUAUUUGGAGACAUUUCCUGCUAGGAGUUAAGCUUUGGUUUGGAGGCAUUGAACUUUGGCUGUAAAUAACUAACUUUGUUAAUUGGUAUACUUCUACCACACCACACUGGUUAAUCUGGAAUUUCCUUCAGGACCAAAUGUACCAAAUCCUGCUUUGAGUGGAGAUCUGAUCAUUCCUAUAUUGUUCGAUUUGACUUUAAUCUAGGUGUUGCUCCGCGUGUAUCUCGGCAUAAAUGGUUCAUCAUACUAUGAUCUAAUGUAGUGAUUUUAAUUAUGUUACUUCUUGGUGAAUAUGCAUUACAUUGUAUUUUCAUGGAAGCCUUUUCUUUCCUCUCUAAUCAUACUACUGCUCUUAUCCUUGCCUCUAUAUGAACCUAGAAAUAUUAUGGCUGACAUAGUGAUACUCUCCCUCAGGGACAUCCCGACACAUGAUGCUCCAUCAACAACUUCGGAAUAUGAUGUUGAUCCUCAACCUGCAACUUUGUAGCCACACUGCCUUUUGUUUUAUGUAGAAAAUUAACAGAUUUUGUUAUGUGUUUCAACAUGAGCUAAUAAUUAGAAAUAACAGAUUUUGUUAAUUAUGAGAUUGGUCCUUCAAUAUGGCAUAGAAAACGUAUUUUUGAGUACUCCUAAUACUGUUUUGUUGCUUGCAAAGUAGUUUGAUGGUUUUUUAAACAAUUCUAAGCACAUAUUUAUUGAUUUUGUAUCCGUUGGGAUGCACAGACCGUUUUGCUAUACCUGCUGCUAAUGGGAGGUGAUAUUCUUCUCUUCCGUCAUGUGCAAAAUACGGAUUUACCCUUCCACUAAAUUACAUAAUCACAUUCGUCGCCCGACAUUCAUAUCUAUGUCCAAGUCGUAUUCUAGGAAACCAAUCCUUCCAUACAUUCUCUCUCACAAUUAGGACUCUUGCUGGGUGUCAAAUCUUCCCUAAUCCCUCCCAUAAAUGCACCACCCUGGAGGAGGCGAAGAACAUCGGAUGAGCUGCUAGAUGAAGCGACAUAGGGGAGGGUCACCACAGCAAAAGGGAAUUGGCAUGCGUGGUUAUGACGGAGGGUGAAGGCGACGGUGGAUGCUGGUCAAUCGAGUGAGUGGAGGGCAUAAUCAAGGUCUCUGUCCAUGGCAUCUACUACUUCAUGCUGGCCAAUCACCGUGUGAGAUCUCUUCUUACUAUUCUUUGUUUGUUCCUUCUAUAUAUAAAAUAAAAACCGUUUCUCGGGUUUAAAAGAACAUUAAAAUUAGUAAAUGUUUGCUUCAUUCUCAUCAUGUUGCUUGAUCAGUUGGGUAGCCGCUCUGGCAUGAAAAACAUUUGGUGUUUUGUAGCAAUGACCAACAGAGGUGAGACGCAAUGUUGAAACGAAGGACGUGCACUUACAUGGGUUAUACUAGGUGUGUGUGAUAUUUGUUUCUCCCGUUGCAACAUAUGGUCAUGUUUGUUUCUCCCGCACGCACUUACAACACAUGGGCGUGCACUUACAGAAAUUGUCUAUUUAAACAAAUGUCCGAAAUA